AUCAAUACUGAAAUAAUUUUAAAUAAAUUGUAAUUCAUUUGUAAGACGUGAAAAUGAAUAUUGAUAAUUCAUUGAAGUGCUUGUAUGUACUGUAUAUAUGGAAUGCUUGUUUAACAUGCUGUUAUACCAAACAUUGCAUUGUGAAAUAUUCCGAAAACGAAGUCGAAUGUGACUGUUCAAACAUGGAUUUCCACACGGUUCCACGACAUAUACCAACCAACUCAACAAUAUUAGAUUUAUCGAGCAACUAUAUUGCUUUGCUACAUAAUGAAACAUUCAUGCGGUUAACUAAACUUCGAACAUUAAUCAUACACUCAUCAAGAUUAACAUACAUUGAUGUAAAUGCGUUGAAAGGCCCUGAGAACCUUCAAACUCUUGAUCUCAGUUCGAACUUUUUGGAUGUUGGAUCGUUACCUAUAGGCGUGUUCAACAGUACUCCUAAUUUACUUUAUUUGCAGUUAUCAGAUAAUACAUUCUUUAACUCUGGAGAUUAUCCCGAUAAAUCCUUAAGUGUUCUCUCUAACCUACGGAGUCUAAGUAUCAAUGGAAUUCGAAAUGGACGGUUUGGUGAAGGUUUUAAGUAUUUGAAACACCUUAGGAUGUUGCGUUUUGAUCCAUGUAUCAUAACACAUCUAACAAAUGAAACAUUCUUAGUGUUUGACAAUUUACCUAUCGAAGACAUUGAUAUAUCUUGUGCAAUUAGGAAAGUUGAAUAUGGAACACUUGCUCCAUUCAAAUCACUCAAUGUAUUGAAAAUAUCUCAUAAUUCAUUCAUACGGUUAUCGAAUUUGAUACCCAUUCUUAUACCGUUCAAAGACAGGAAUAUGAGCGAAAUUGAUUUGUCCUACAAUUAUAGAGCUCGUACUGGAUCUGACAUCUUAACACCUAAACAUUUCACAAUUCUAGGUCAAAUUUGUGUAAAAAGUUUAAUACUAGCAAAAAAUCAAAUAAGUAUUAUCAGAUCUGGUUCGUUUUCUGUCAUAAAAUACAAGAACUGUCUAGAACAUUUAGAUCUUGCAAAGAAUAAUAUAUAUGGCGAUAUAGGUAUAGGGCUUGAAUUUUUCCAGCUGACAGGUUUGAAAACAAUAGAUGUAUCACAACAGGACCCACUUAGUCCUCGAAAUGUCGGAUUGCUCAGUAGUAAAACCAAGUGCUGGAUGUUCCCAGCAAACAAUAUGUCAAAAGUCUUUGAAAGGAUAAAUAUUAUUUUCACUUUUCCCUUACCGCCUAAUUUAGAGGAAAUUUAUGCCGAACGUUUAGUUCUUCGGUCCUCACAUCUUGCAAAUAUUAACUUUACACGUGGACGUAAAUUAAGAGUAUUAGAUUUUAAUUGGACUCCAUUCAACAGUUGCACUGGACUUGUACAUGGAAUUGACAAUCUUGAGAUAUUAAAAAUAUCUGGAUUCAAUUGUUCUUUAAUUGAUUUAUCAUUUUUUCAGUCAUUUAAAAAACUUAAAAUACUAGAAAGUCGAAGCGCAAAUUUAGGUCGUGGUUUACUAGAGGACAAGGAUGGAAAAAUUCUGAAAGGACUGUCCGAACUUCAACAAAUUGACUUUUCAGCAAACCAAUUUAAAUAUCUAAAUCCUUUAAUGUUCAGAUCUCAGUACAAAUCAUUAUUGAAGUUAAUUUUGUCAAAUAAUAUUCUAACAGAGAUCAAUUUGAAUUUUACAAAAUUUUCAAAAUUGAAUUACAUUGAUUUAUCAGGUAAUCGAAUUAGAUACUUGGAGAGAAGAACUACACAAGAAUUAGAUGAGUUGAACAUCAGAUCAACGGAUGAACUUGAACUGCUAUUACAAGGCAAUUUAUUUGAAUGCAGCUGUGAUUCUUUGCAUUUCAUAGAAUGGCUUUAUCUUACAAAUGUUAUGUUAGACAAUGGGGGAAACUACUCCUGCAGGUAUUUUGACGGAAGCUAUAAAAGAACCGCAUUUGCAUUUCACAAUUUACAUGCCUUAAAAACAAAGUGUGUUUCUAAAGUGUGGCUGAUUUUCUCUGUGGUAUUCUCGGUUUUAUUGAUAAUGAUAAUUAUAGCCAGUGGUGUAGUAUAUAAAUACAGGGUAACUCUUCAAUAUUGGUACCUAACUAUUCGCCGGAAAUACCGCCAUUAUUCUAAAUUGGAUGGUGAGUCGAAGGAGUAUAGAUAUAGCGCGUUUGUGGCCUAUCAUCAUGCAGACUACAAAUGGGUGUGUGGUCCCCUAAGUUCAUUUCUCGAAAAAGAAAAGGAACAAUCUUUGUGUCUUCAUCAUCGUGAUUUUUUACCUGGCAAUCUAAUAGCGGAUAAUAUUGUUGAAGCUGUCUCUCAAAGUAGAAAAAUCAUUUUAGUGGUAAGUGAAACAUUUCUGGAAAGUUCUUGGUGUGAAUUCGAACUUGAUAUGGCUCGAAUGCAAAUGUUUCAAGAAAGUCGAGAUAUGUUGAUUGUGGUUUUAGUACAAAAUAUUCCAGCUAAAAGUAUGCCUAAGUCUCUGUUGAGAAUUUGGAACAAGGUUACAUGCCUAGAGGCAUAUGAUAGUGAGCUCCUUAAUGACAAUUUUGAACAUUUAUUUUGGAAACGCCUAUAUGAAGCUGUACUUGUAUGAUAUUUUUUUUUGUUCUUUAAUACAUUGACAUUAAAAGGUUCCUUUAGAAUAUUUUACUUCAUCACUGAAAUAAGGAAUUCAGACUUAAUUCAGUGUAAAACAUGUACAAUAGUUGCUCCUGCAAAUACGAUUUGCUUUUCACGUUUGAAACCAACUCCGUAUAUCUGACUUGAUAGCAGCUUAUACAGACAUGUGCAAUUCUAAACAAAUUUCCAUGAACAUUUAAUUAACUGUAUCGUCCGUUUGAUAUAAGUAAUUAUGUAUGAUGUCUACGUUGUACCCAUAACAAGGAUUGAUUCGAUCCCUUUUAAAAAGAAUAUAAAUUCACACAAAAUACGUUUGAAGAAACUGAAGGCAUGACAAACAAGUAAAAUCUUAAAAAUAGGUAUAAGCCUAUAUGUAAAUAUCUGAACUAUUACGUUAAAAAUCUCAGUGUGUCGGACAAAUAAGAGCAGGGUGUAUAUUUGUAUCUUGUUCUGAUAUUCCUGUAAUAAUUGCCACUGGACUAUAACACCAAUCCAUC